AGUGAGGUUCAACAUGGUGAAACUGGAGAGGCUGUUUUGACAGUUUCACUUCAUAAAUUGAAUGAAUGUGAGAGAAAGAGGCACAUUUGCCGAGAAAACAAGCCAAGGCAGGAUGAUGAAAUCGUCCGAAGACGUGGUGGUGGGGAAAAAGUCGAGGGCGAAGUGUCUGCUGCACAACUGGGUCGAAGAGAGAGCCACUGCGUCGCUGGACAAAGAGGAGAACAUUCAUAAACGUGGACACAAGGGGAUUCUCACCCUGGACUUUCUGUCCAAGUUCCAGGGAGUCAGCGCUGUGAAAGCAGCCUUCACCCCUCCCAGGGGCCCUGGAGUGAGAGAGAAAGGGAUAAGAGAAGAACUGCUCAAAAAACAACUAUAUGAGACAAUUGGCGAAAAGGUGCUAGAAGAAUUUAACUUUAUUCCUUCUUCGACGGAGUAUGUCUCCUCCGCAAAAAGAGACUAUGACGUGGAAGGGUUUGAGUCCACGAUCCCACCUCCCUCUCAGGAACAUGACUAUAGAAACGAAGAAGCAAUAACCUUUUGGAGUGAUAACCAUGACAAAAUAACGGGUGUGAGUGCUGUACGGACCAGGGAUACUCCAUUUAAGAAAAAUUGUACCUUCUCAACACCUAUCAGUGAGCAACUUUUUGAAGAUAUGCCACGCACCCUCGAACCUGAUCCUCGUACGUGCACUAGAUACAGCUGACAUUCUUAAAGCCUGUUUUUGGUUCAUCUGAUAACCUUUGUUGGGCUUUAUGCUGAACUAUUUACAAUUAUUCAAACUCAGGACCUGUUCAUUGCAUUCCAUUCCACUUUCUCAUGAUUUUUUUUUCCUCUGUGAAUGUGCAUAUUUGCAAAUUGUUCCUAUUAAGUACGGUAUUUCAGAUUAUGCCAAAAUAUAUACCUUCCUCUUGUAAAUGUCAUGUAGCAAUGGUGUAUGUCAUGAUCUCAUUGGUUUGCCACCUUGCAUGUCAUAUUUGAAAACACUGUGGAAAGAACUGUAACUCGGAGAAUGCUCAACACAGGACCGGACUGUUGUGGUUUCUGUGUAAUAAAGGCAAUA